AUGUGCGGACAUAACAGAAGAAAGGCCUAUGCUACCGAAUGCGGUGCAGACAAUCGAAGAGGAUACGGCACAUUGAGCCAUUCAGGAGACAUCUCAGCUAUUGUUGGAGCACUUGGUAAGAUGAAAAUUAAGUCCACAGCACGACCGUAUCAUCAAGCUCCGACAACGACAAAGGCAGCGAGAAGCAGCAGCCAGAAGAACGGCGUGCUUUACGCCACUGAUGUCGACUCGAGACAGGCGAGAGCCCAACAGCAGAACGAUCUCACUUCCGAGCAACUGCCGUCGUACGACGAGGUCGUGGGCAGUCAAAACGUGCCUUCUUCGCAGACCACUCCUGCAGUGGUAGCGCUACCAAGCUCGAAGAAUGAAUCUAUACUCACUCGUCUUGAUGAAUUUAGAUUUGAUCUUGAGCAAUACAAGACUGGCGCACGUGGAGGAAAGUGGGUCGUGAAGCGGGCCGCGAAAGGGCUUGCGAAAGAGUUGUACUACCAGGAGAUAGAGCAGCGACGAGGCAUGAAGGGUUAUCUCCAGUGUGGUGAACGGAAGCAGGUCAGACGAGACCUCAAGCCAGUGAAGCAGAUGCUCAAUGAUGCUGUGUGGGAGGCUAGGAGGGAACGCAGGGGCUGGUGA